CUCUGGAUGCAGCAGAUGCAACUUCAACAUAAAAGCGAGAGAUCGACUGGUUGGCAGGCAGGCGCCCAGUGUCAUGUGGGUGAACAUUAUUUUGGCUACUGUAAUCGAAUUGCAUUCUUGUUGCUAUUUUUCUACUCAAGCGCCAUCCAUGAAAGAGGGAACGAGCGGCGCGGGGAGGGCAGGGGACGCAGAGAGAGAAAGGCGAGAGAGAGUGUGCCAGCGAACGCUCUGGCCGAGGAAUGCAAAAGGGAAAAUAAAGCUGAAGAGAAGAAAAACAAAGAGCAGAGUGGGAGAGAGACACAGGCAGAGAGAAAAUCAAUACCUUGCCUUGAAGAGAGGCCUACACCAAAG